CAUCGCUGCUAUUUUCUCCCUAUAGUCCCUCUCACUAUCAGCCUACAGCUCUGGUGGACUGACACGGGUCUCUGGCUGGAAACAGACCGAGAAUAGGACGCCAACCGGAGGCCAAGGAAAAAAACAUGGCCGAACUCGGCGUAGGGUGUCUGGCGUUGGGAGAACCAGCUUUUAGCUACCAACAAGAGCAUGAGUUGAACGAGCGGCUGAAACGGCUCUACCCGGCUGUGAACGAGGAAGAGACCCCUUUACCCCGAUCCUGGAGCCCCAAGGAUAAAUACAGCUACAUCGGGCUGUCACAGAACAACCUGCGGGUCCAUUACAAAGGCCACGGGAAGAACCAUAAGGAUGCAGCAUCAGUGCGAGCCACACACCCAAUCCCUGCUGCCUGUGGGAUCUACUACUUUGAAGUGAAGAUUGUCAGUAAAGGUCGAGAUGGGUAAGCAGAAACAACUGGGCUUGUAU